GCUUGAAGCCGUGGAUAAAGAGUCCGUGGAUAAGGAGGGCCAACUGUAUAACUCUACAGAGGAUGUCUCUUCCUUUUCUUAGCUGAAGUUUUGGGGUUCCUCACUGAAGAGUUUGUUAAACGGUACUCCUACUCCUGGUAGAUCACUAUAUCAUUAAAUACGAAUGUGAGGAUCAACCAUUUCUGACUUUUCUGUGUGAUUCUGAAAAGUGGACAGCAAAGAAAACUCAAGAGGAAAAUGAACUGAUCUGAAAUGUGCUGGAAGAGAGGACUAAUGGAUGAAGAGGGGCUGCCAAAAGGAGAAAUACUGUGGGCCCUUGGUAUCCUUGGCUGGGGUUUGGUUCCAGGACCCCCUGUGAAGACCAAAACCCAUGGAUGUUCAAGUCUCAUUAUAUGCAGGGGGACAGUAAAAUGGUGUCCCUAAUAUGAAAUGGCAAAAUCAGCAUUUUUGGAUUUUUGGUUGGGAGGGGUAUUUUCAAACCAUGGGUGAUUGAAUCUGUGGAUAUGAAGGUUUGAGUGUAUACGGAUCCAAGAGCAAAUCAAGCCUGAACGCUCCCUAGAAGCCCAAAUCUCAUGAUGCGCCCAACAUUUGAUAGCCUCACUUUAGUCAACUGAGGCUAAAUAAAAUCAUAAAAAUAAAACUUUUAUCUGUAUCCCCCUUUUUUGAAAUAAAACAAUCUAAGCGGCUAACAGUUAAAACAUCCAACAUACAAUACUUGAUAUAAUAUUACAAUACCCUCCAAAAAAGAAAUUAAAUACAUUAUAAUUAAAAGUUAAUUUAAAAUAAGCUAUUAAUAACAAUAUAAACCAUUAAUAGCAGCAUAAACAAUGGGCCGAGUGGUAGCAUGAUACAUGAUGUGAGGGAGUAACUAAUUCUGUGGCUAAAUACUUUUAUUCUGGAAAGGCUAUCAAAUUGUUGGGCCCAACAUGAGACCUCAUGACUCACUGAACCUUAAAAACAAGGGUAGUACUUGCUGAAGUGGACAGUGGUAGGUCAUGUUCCAGGUGGACAGGGUCCAUCAAGGCUGCCCUGAGUUUGCAAGAUCUGACUGUAAGAUGGGGUCUCUUCUUGGCGGUCUCUCAUUCAGAGGGUUGCCAGAAGUCAGGAAAUGGCAGCAACAAUUGACCCUAGUCUAGAGGUUAGCCAUAGGGUGGGGGCAUCCUGAAUCCUAAUCCACUUUGAGGGAGAGGACUGCAUGCUCUGCAGCUUGGUCACUUCUCUCUUAUCCCAGCUCUUCCUCUCUUGGCAGAAAAAUGGGUGAAAUGUCCCUUGUUUGUCUGUGAAAAUGGCCCCAUUGUCAGCUGGGCUGCCGUCUUCUCCUGUCUAACUUCCCUAGAACAAUUUAUUUCUGUGUGUAACCUCGAAAGCUCCUUGUGAGCAGCCAUGGCAGCUGCAGUUCCUUCCAGGCUGAGGCCUCUACAGUAACCACAAUGUGCCUUCCCCAAAGGCCCAUUUCCUCCCCCCAGCCCCUGGCCCCUUGCUUAUCUCUGGUCCCAGGUUGGGGUUGGUUUGCAAGGAGGAGUAACGGUCUCACUCAGAGUGCAGGCAGAGCAAGGCAGUGCAAGCAGCCACUGGGCUUCCUCUUGCUUUCCCUCCUGGCAAAGAACCCUCAGGCCCCAGGAGGAGGAUGGCAGACAUGCUGCUCAAGGGUCAGGACAAAAAUGGAAAUGGCUUGAAAAACCAGACUAUCCGUGUAGGAACCAGGAAGAGCCAGCUGGCCCGCAUCCAGACGGACAAUGUGGUGCAGAUGCUGCAGAAUCACCACCCCCACCUGCACUUUGAGAUCAUUGGCAUGACAACCACAGGAGACAAGAUCCUGGACACGGCUCUGUCCAAGAUUGGAGAGAAAAGUCUUUUUACCAAAGAGCUGGAAAAUGCACUGGAAAGGAAUGAGGUUGACUUGGUUGUUCACUCCUUGAAGGACCUGCCCACCUCCCUCCCGCCUGGAUUUACCAUCGGUGCCAUCUGCAAGAGAGAGAGCCCACAUGAUGCUGUCGUCUUCCAUCCCAAACAUGUUGGCAAAACUCUCACCAGCCUUCCUGAGAAGAGCGUGAUUGGGACCAGCUCCCUUCGCCGGGCAGCUCAGCUGAAGAGAACAUUUCCUCAGCUAGAAUUCAAGGAUAUCAGAGGCAACCUGAACACCCGCUUGAAGAAGCUGGAUGAGAAGGAUGACUUCAGUGCAAUUGUUCUGGCGGCGGCUGGCUUGCGGCGGAUGGGCUGGGAGAACCGCAUAGGCCAGAUCUUGAGCCCCACGGAGUGCCUAUAUGCCGUUGGACAGGGUGCCUUAGCAGUGGAGGUGAGAGCCAGGGACCAGGAGAUCCUGGAGAUGGUAUCCGUCUUGCACGAUGGGGAAACGGUGCUGCGCUGCAUUGCGGAACGAGCCUUCAUGAAGCACUUGGAGGGUGGCUGCAGUGUCCCUGUGGCAGUGAGCACCACCCUGAAGGAUUUCCAGCGUUUGGCUCUUGCCUCUCCCCAUCUCAGCCUCCCUCUUCUUGGCUCUCCCCAGUUAUACUUGACUGGAGCCGUCUACAGCCUCGAUGGAUCCGAGAGCUUGCGCGAGACAAUGCAAAUGAAUGUGAAAUUCCCACUGGAGAAUGAAGAUGGUCCCAACGAUGACAUCCAGCAUGUUGGCAUCACAGCCAAGAACAUACCUCAUGGGGCUCAAAAGGCGGCCGAGAAGCUGGGCCUGGAGGUGGCCGAAUUGCUCCUGAGCAAAGGGGCCAAACAGAUCUUGAAUGUGGCCCGGCAGCUGAACGACGCAUGAUGCACCUCCAUCGGCCAUCCUUUGUUAGGUUAGCAACUAUGCCUCUAACCUUUCCUCUUCAAGGCAAGGUGUGGGAAUCAUGUAUCCCCCUCCAUUGGACUACAACUCCCAUCAGCCCACCUAGGUAGCAGUCAAUGGUGAGGGAUGCUGGGUGCUGCAGUCCAGCAACCACUGGGGAGGCCUUGUGAUUCUCACCCUUUCCUUGAAAAGGGACAUUCAAUUUAUUGUGGUAGUUUAAGCUACUACAGAUUUGCUGAUCAUUCUCUGUAACAGAGGUUGAAUUUUUUAAAAAAGGAGCAGUUUUUAAAUGCAGGCAUUAAAUGGGAAUCAUUGGGUAGAAUUAAGUGUCUUAAUUUACAUGGCCUUGUAAUUUCUUUUUGUGAAACAUUAAAAGAGAUUUGAUAGUG